CAGCCUCUGUGCCACAUACAACCAUAACAGCCCCGUGUACGAGCGCCCUGAGUUGGAUAGGUUCCGAGCAGCAGUCGUAGUUUUAUCGGCAAUUUUUCCCUGUAAUCCGGUGUUCCAAGAUCCGAUUCCCAUCGCGGCGUGUAGUUAAGUGCUCGAAGCAUAGAUUGUGCGUAAAGUUAACCGUUUUUAGGCAUCGGAAGUGGCUGAAAAACGCACUGCAAAUCUUGAGUCUUCUUCCGUCAUUGUGGUGGAAUACCAGGUUCUCCGUCUUUUUUUUUUGUGUGUGCGAAAGGAAAAAGCAGGUCUGGCUGACCAGUGAGAAAGUGUGAACAACAGCGUAAUGCAAGUGAUAAGUGAUGAGUGAGUUUAGCUAUAUGCUGAAGCAUUAGUGGCAAUUGGAGGUGAUUAGUGAGAAUGUGCUAUGAGCAGUGAGACGUGCAUGGGUUGCAACCAAUACUACUCUAUGAUGGUACCUAGUGAGGAUGUACUAGUGAUGAGGUGAACAGAAGAAAAGUUGAGGAAGAAUAUUCAAUAGCAAAGUGGCAUAAGCAAAAAGAUCAAAAAUGUGCGAAACCAAACGGGGAUAAAUCCUUUAUCCGAGCUCAUUAUGUACAACUCUGGCAGCACUUCUUUGUGUAACAAACUGUGCAAAAACAAGUGAAGAUAUCAUCAAAAUCAUCCACAGCAACAGCGGCAAGGUGGCUGCUCAAGAGAAUCGAAAAGUGGAAAAUGAAUGAUGUCUGUGCAUUCAUGUGAUUAGUGGCUAGUGGUAUUUUCUGUUUAUCGGCCAGCACUGUGUGAUUGUAUAUGUUUAUGUAUAUCGUUGUAACUACGUAAAUGUGAAUUCUAAACGGGAAGAGCAAAUAUCAAGUGUGGGAACCGAAAAGUGAAAAAAAAUAAAUCGGAUCUAAUGCGUUAACUACCGGUUACGGUAGUAGGCAAAUCAACAGCGACAGCUCGGUUAGCUGUCUGCUGUGAAAAGAAAACUGUCAUCGGUCUCUAAGUGGGGCAAUACAAGCUAUUGGAAGCAACACAAAAGGGAUCCCGAAUUUUCCCCGGAGUCUGCCGGAGGCCGUCGCACUUUUGCGUCCGCCUUGGCUGACAUCCGUGUCUUAGUACGCCAAUGAAUCGUCGGCAAUCGUUGGACAAGCCAGGUGAGCAAGGUAUUUUGUCUCCUCCGGGUCCUUUUUUAACGCCGAGUCCAUCGCCAUCGGUUCCAGCGAGCCCACGGCUGCAACCUUCACCAUCUCAGUCACCAUUUCAACAACAUCAACAACAGGAUGUCCUGCUGGUAACGAACAGUAACAUUGUUGGCAGCUUGACUCAGGAGCCGGAUCGAAAAGUAGGAAUCACCAAUCGUCGCCAAUCGUUCAAUCAGCUGCCCCACCAUCAGCAGCAGCAACAACAUCAACAACAGCUCAGCAAUAGCAGUCCAAAUGCAGGUACCGUGGUUUACAGGCCGAGUCCUACUCAGUCACCGGCCGGAGCUGCAACCUACAGCAUUACGACUAUACCUGGCAAUGAAUUCAACACGACACUAGUUGGGUCGAAUAACAUCUCGUUGAAUAAGAAGGGCCGCAAAUCUUCUUCUGCGACUGUUAUCCACCAACCAUCGCUCAUUCACCCGCAACAGCAACAUCAUACCUUCAUCCAGUCACAUGCAGGUCAUGGACAUGGGACGACUAUCGGUGCUCCUGCAUGUAGCCCGAAAGCGGCGAAAAAAGCCCUACAGCAGCAUAUCCAUCAUCAACAACAGCACCACCAGCAGCAGCAGCAGCAACAACAACAAGCGCAAACAGUGUCCUUUGUUGGAAGUCCAAUUGCCAGCCCCAGCCCGAUUGCAAGUCCCAACGGAUCGAUCUUGGUUACUACGAGUAGUCACGGUGGCUUGGGUGGUAGCAUUAUUGUUGGCAGUGCUGGACACACACCAGGCAGAGCAACAUCAACUACACCCGGACCGGGGGCAUCGGCAACCGGAGCUACCCAACUAAGGCCUCCUACACCGCAACCUGUGAUACAACAGUAUCCUGUUAUGGGUGCCGGCAAUCAAAUAGUGCAAAUAUUCCAAGGUUCUCAAUUCAUUACACAACAACCAGCUGUUUCACAACAUCAGGGGCAACAACAGCAGCAUACUUCAGGGCAGCCUCAGCAGCUACAAAACCGUCAAACGAUCAUAUCGCAUUCGCCCCAACCGCAGCAUAUAGGCUCUCAAUCGUUGCACACGUCUCAUCAUCAGCAGUCCCAACAGCAACAGUUCUUUCAACAGAUUAUUACAUCUUCUCCGUCCUCGAAUACAUCUCCGUCGCCAUCUGCACAGGUAACCGUUGCCGGUGGUGCAGUCAUCAUUGGAGGACAUAAACAUCAAAAAGGUCCACAGCAAAUCUUGCCAAAACCAGUGACUCCAUCGGUAUCUCCCUCGCCUGGUUCCGCACAUCAGAGCCCACAGCAGCAGAUGCAGCCAACCUAUAGUCCUGUAUCGCUGAGUAGUUCUAUCAGCAAGUCGAUUAUGACGCAGCCUAAAACUACGAUUGUAAAUCACAUGCCAGCACAGAUUCAGGUGACGCAAACAGCUACUGGUGGUCAAUUUGUUACUCAGUCAGGCUCACAGCAAGCUCCGCAACAUCAGACCACUACACAGCAGCCACAGUUGGUGGCGACACCGCAGACGACUCCAACGGCAACAUCCACGCCUGCACCAUCGGCGACACCACAAAAUGGAGGUUCUAUACUACUGCCAACUGGAAAUCUGAACGCACAACCCCUUCUGCUCAAUCAAAUGCCGGUUAUCGUUCAGCAAAAUACUCCCCAAGGUGUCCAGCUGAUAUUGAGGCCUCCAACACCGCAGAUUGCUGCACCAAGCUUGGUGAUUCACAAUUCGAGACCACAACUCCAGCAAACACAACCCCAACAAGUGCUCCGAAUAUUGAAUAAUGGUGCAAUGCAACUGUCAGCUGCUCCAACCUUUAUUGUGUCUUCUCAGGGGAACUUGGUGCAACAGAAUAUACCUGGGUUAAAAACCAGCCAGGGAGUUCCGUUAACCCAAAUUCAAGGCUUGCAAGGUCAAAGGCAGCCACAACAAAUCACGGCCGCUAUAAAUCAACAUUUGCUCAGUCAAGGUGUAGCUCAAAUUCAGAAUCUGCAGCUAAACGGUAAUCUGACCCAAAUACAGGUGCCAAAUGGAUUGAAUGGUCAGCUAUUGACCACACUGCCAGCACAAUUUCAGCAAGGUGUGGGUGGGUUCAGCUUGCAAAACCAGAACAUAAACUUAAAUCAAUUAGGGAAUACAAAUUUUUCGCAACUAGCAGCUGCUGCUGCGGCAAGCGGAGCAACCUUUACUUCACCUCCUCCUCCAACGGUGCAGACUUCUACACAUCAAGGAGAUAUUGUGAGUACUCAGAAUAUACAGUUUACAACGGCACAACCUGGAGGCACCAUAACCGUUAGUGCCCCCGCUCAGCAGCCAUCGCAUGGCCAUUUAAUUGCUAAUUCGUCAAUAGACGGACAAAUGCAAACCCAUUUGCAAAUCAACUCAUCGAUUACGUCCCAACCAAUGCGACAUCCAACUCCUAUAAUGACGACUGCCGGAGGGCAUCAGGUCAUUGUGACCGAUGCCAAAGGGCAGCAACAUCAUCUACAAAAUCAUCAACCCCAAGCCCAGCACCAUUUUUUUAGCGGAAGCACAAUCCAGCAGGCACCUGUACAGAUACAACAACAACAACAACCACAACAACAACAUCAACAACCACAGCCAAAGUUUGAACCCGAGAAACCCAAAAAAGAGCGUAAGAGUAAAAAGAAGAAAGCUGUCCAGCCUCCGAUAGCAACUGCUGCUCCCAUUAUAGUGACACCUAGUCCUGUAGUGACGAGCCAAGCGUCAAUGAUCAGUGCUGCACCGAUCUCAGCUACUCCGACACCGACAAGCUAUACUGAGCCCAUGACGUCACCACCGACGUCCCCAAUGUUUACCAAUACCCAUACCGCCUCUGGGAAGCUAGAUCUGGCAAAUCUAAUGAAAAUUUCCGGCAUCGGUAUCGAGGACGACGAUUUCAUGGACACGGAAGAACCGCCACCUGCUCCACCACCACCACCUUUGGUGCAAACUCAACCCAAUCUAUCAUCCCAAGACUAUGCCAAUGUUGUGAUACAGAACGAUGCGGUUGUCAAAGAUCAGAUUAUGUCUCCACCGCCGGCACCAUUGCCGCCGACUACCACCGAUAUUAUGAUCACGAUUCCGGCCAGUGCAGCCGGAUCCAACGUCGAUUUUCCCUACACGAUCUCGAUUCCUACCUCGGGACUUGAUGGCCAGGAUGUUCAACCAAAGACAUCGAGCGAAAUUCAACCAAAGCCACCAAGUUCACAGCAACAACAUCAACAUCCGCCUGCACCACCUCCACCACAACAGGCUCAUCAACCCGCUCAAGAACCUCCCCCUUUCAUGAUAACUAUUGACCCCUCCAGUGAUCCCAAUUCAGCUCAACCGUACACGAUCUCAAUCCCUCGGAUGUCAGGAAGCGGUCUGGAUGAUACCAAGGUGGUCAGUGUAGCAACUGUCGCACCGACACCAACUGCAGGCACAGUAACUUCAAGCACAUCAGUGAUCACCAGCACUCAGCAAAAUACGUUCUGCGUGAACAGUUUGAUGAAUAAUGUUCUGAACACGCAGGUUACUCCAACACUGCAAAGUCAGAUCAAUGAGAUUCAGAACCAACUAAUACAGGCGGCAGCCUCUUCAACAACUACCAUGCCGUCUUCCAUUGCUGUGAUAAGUCAAAACUAUAUGGUACAUCAAAACCACCCACAAACACUGAUAUCAACAUCCAGUAUGAGUACACCGAUCGUAACAACUACAUUAACAUCACCAGUUACAACUUCAAUGGUAAUUUCUCCGAGCAAACCUACGGUCACCCCAUCGAAAAAGAAAUCCGGAGGCAGUAAAAAGAAUGGGAAAAAAAUGGUGGAUAAAACUAUUGAAUCGAUCAAUACGUCCGUUCCGACACAAAUCGGAAACAUUCAGAUCUCCCAGAUUGACGGUACAACAGUAAAUAAUAAUAAGACUACAAAAGGUGCAAUCAAUAAUCAGAUUCAAAUAACGCCUAUACUUGAUAGCAAAGCGGCGGCACAGCAGUUCUCGACUGGAGUUCCAUCACAAACGCAAGUUCAGUCAAAUCCAACACAUUCGGUGCAGGCACCACAACAAACCAUCCAAGCAGUGGUGAGUCAAGCCCAAGUUCUGCCUCAAUCUGUAACGCAAACCCAGUCGAUGCAAACCCCUCAACCAAUGCAGCUACCACCGCCUCCACCGCAGGUUCAACAAACGUCUGCGCAAGGUAUUCUUUCGCAACUUACGGGAGCAUUGAGCCUUUCCCUCGCGGAAAAUGGUCAUCUGAUCCUUAAACAUGACGUUAACAGUCCCCAAGACAGCCAAUCUCAAAUGAUACUUCAAGCAAUUCUGUCCGGUGCUUUAGGGAAUGUUAGUUUGGUUAAUGAACCAUCGAAACCAGUGCCAACGACCAUCUCAGCACCAGCAGUUUCUCAUCAUUCUCCAGUGUCAGCUAUUCAGCAGCCUGCGAAAACAGUUGCCGCUGUUAGUGGGCAAAUUCAACAUAAGAAUGUAAUCGUUACCAGUUCACAGAGCCAGCCAACGUCGGUUGGACAGUACAUGCCAGCAUAUAAUUCACACACAUCCAGCAUUGUUACGUCAGCUAAUUCUGGACAUGUUAUGCAGCAGCAACAUACGCAACCACCACAGCUGAUCCAUCAUCAGCAGGUUAUUCACUCGCAACCAUCGAACGUUACCCAAAGCUUGAAAGAAGUGCGAAAGCAUGAAUCAACCCCUCUCGAGCCCCCUCCACCUGUGCCUCAACCGCCACCACCUCAACAGACAAUAGUCCUCAAUUCAAACGCGCCAAAACUUGUGGAACUUCCCAAAAUUGAACCCAACCAGCAACUGUUCUCCCUAAAUACUCUCACGAAUCAGAUCACCCAGUUGAGUCCAGGCCAAACCACUGCUGCCCUGGGACCAAUGGAGCGCUUGCUCAUCGUUCCAACAGGAAUAAAUUCCCAACAAUUGGCUCAAUGCUUGCUACAAGGGCAGAUUCAUUUCAACAACAUUGGACCAGUUACACAAUCCAGUGAGCCGAAGCAACAGCCUCCACAACCACUACCACCGCAACAUCAGUCAGUCCCUCAACCGGUGUUCCAACAUCAACAACAACAUCAACAACAUCAUCAACAACAACAACAACAACAACAACAACAACAACAACAACAACAACAACAACAACAACAACAACAUCAACAACAUCAACAACAUCAACAGCAACAGCAACAACAACAACAACAUCAACAACAACAUCAACAGCAACAUCAACAACAACAUCAACAGCAACAUCAGCAGCUAGUGAUUCAGAACAAUCCCAAUUUCAAGCCAACCCAGACACAUGUGACUAUGCCUGUCAUUCCGAACAAGCAAGUGGUGAACCAUCAGAUAAAACCGGAAAAACCGAAGCGGAGCCGAUCUAAAAAAGCCGACAAACUACCAGCCAAGCAGAGUUUGGUGAAAGUAAACCCGGUGAGCAGUGGCCUACCACCCAACGUUAUCCUUCAACCAGGGCAGCAUGCUCAACCGAUUCUGGCUGAAGAUGGUACUAAAAUUGGAACGAAAAUCGUUGGCACGGUUAAUCCAAACAAUUUUGUAACUAAUCCAGUACCAACAGUGUCGGCACCGCCCAUUGCACAGGUUCAGCCACAACAGCAAAUACAAAUUGGCAACAACAAGACGAUAAUCAAUAAACCAAUGACCACAGCGGUUGUCGCUGCCACCGGAGCAACCCAGUGCAAUAAUCUCAUCGUGACUCAUGCCAGUAAUGCAGCUAACGGGACAACCGCUAAUAACAGCAGUACUCUUAGUAUUAGUAACAACCACAGUAGCAGUAGUAACAGUAGUGUAAAUGUGUGUGUUCAACCGAAUAACGUUUUAAGUGGUAGUAGUAUAAGCACUAGCGGUAGUAAGAAAGGAAAAGUCCAACCCCUUCCGUCGCCGCAACCGAUGAUGAACCAAAUGCCUCCCCUGGUUAGCGUUAAUUCUGGAGCAGCCCCAACGACGAGUUCAACCGUUGGAGCACCCAGUUUAGUUCCCCGUGUUCAGACAAUCCAGCUGACGCCUCAAAAGCAGCAACUCCUCAAAAACGUCCAACAACAGAUUCAAACACUAUCGGCAAAACUACAGAACAAAAACCUGCUUGCUACGUUGACCAUUCCGGCGGAUUUUGAUCCAAAUAAUCCAAUCUACAACAAACCACUGCCCAUACUAACAAACAUCCAAGGUAUGUCGGAUCCAGAAAUAACGCAAGCUCUUCAAAGAUUGUUCAUUGAGCAGCAAAAGAUCUUAGCCACAGGGAAAAUAAUUCCAACGAUUCCAGCAGGGCAUGCUCUAGCUGUGGCAGCUGCAAAUGCUCCACCUCCUCCGGCACCAAUUUCUGGAACGAUGAUUCCCGGUGGAGCUAUUAUCAGCAGUGAACCAAAACCUCAGCAGGCUAUUGUUUCUCCAAUAACCGUUACGCCUUCUUCGGCUAAUGCUGCUUUGUACCAGGGAGGAGCUAACAUACAAACUACUCCUACGCCAAUACAGAUAAGUUCUCCGCAGGUUGUGAAACAAGAUAACAUGAUUCCUGUCUCUUCGGCAUCGAACUAUCCAAGUUCAAUUGUAACCAGCAGCAAUUCAUCAAUGUCUAUUACCAUCACCAAUAGCAUGGCUAUUCAGCAGGCGAGAGGAACACAGCCGAAAUUGAGUGGUACACCGAUCACCUCGAUCAUUCCUAUAAGUUCCUCACUUCCGCCACAAACAAGUGUAACAAUCACGCAAGCUCCCCAGAUUGUCGGUCAAUCAAUAGUAAAAUCAAUAGCAAAGUCAACGCCUUCACAGCCUCAACAACAUCAGAUCAUUCUAAACAAUAAAAAUAUCACCAGAACCAGUACUCCCAGUAGCAUUCCGAUGCCUUCGCUGGUUCCGACGCAAACACACCAUCUUCAAUCUAUGAGCGUCACAAAGAUUGAGCUUCCGCCAACUCCGCCACCAUCGCUGGUGUCUACUCAAAAUCGGUCUAAUACUCCAGUGCCUCCACCGCUGGUCCCUACUUCUAUGCCUAUCGGCAUUCAAAGCAAGAACUUCACUGGCCAAUCCAUAGUGAUAAUGAGUGGUUCUCAAGCCAUCCUAACCAAUGCCCUUCCUCAAAAUUCAACCGGUACUGGUAUAAAUUCCAAAACAUCACUAAUGCCAACAUCUGCAGGAGGGCUAACCAUUCAGGCUAAUCCAUCGCUUCAAAUUCAGCUGCAGCAACCCCAACAACCUAUGAACAUUGUUCCACCACCUCUCAUUACGAUGACUUCUUCAACUGCACCGACCCCUCCGAUUGUAACUUCAACUGCUGCCAGUAUGCAGCAAGCUCCCAUUGUUGCAAUGCCAACAACUGUUUCAACAAUCACCACAACUGUUACGACAAACAGCGGGGAAUGUGGCCAAAUACCGGUCGUAUCCUGCAGCAGUAACCCGGUCUUGGUUUCCUCCAGUGUAACGACACCUGCUACAAGCAGUGCCAGUUGCAUCACUGUAACGCCACCAAUUCCGACGAUAGUAACCACGACCAUUCCAGGCAGUACGAAGCCUGUCGUAGUGCCGCGAUCAAGUUUAUUCGAGCGACAAAUCUCAGUGGAUCAAGAUGCGUGCACGAGACCGGAUACCACUGCGCCUUUUGCUAGCAAACAAGAUGCUGUGAAGCGGCUGAUUCGGUACCACUGUAUGUACGAGGAACGCUGCGAGGAAAACGAAGUGGAAGAACAUACAUUUCAAUCUAUGGCCCAGGAAUUUCCAAUCGUCUACAGGAAUAUGCUCAACAAGUAUCAGUACUUGUUGAUGCAGGAAUCAACGCGUCACGUCCGUACGGCCGAACUGAUGAUGGUCGACCGCAUGCUGAAUUCGGAUGUGAAGGACGAAAUACUGGAGAUGCAGCUGAAAAUCAACGAGUACAUGAAUCCAACUGUAAACGAGCUUCAUUUGAAUAUCGAAUCUCAACAGACUCUACCGAUGCACCAGUUACAUUCACCAAAUCAAUCGUCGCUACCAGUUACGGUUGAAGAGUAUAAAAUUAAGAAGGAAGAAUUAACAUUUGCCAAUUCACCAAUGCCCCCACAAAAUUCAACGGACGGUUCGUUCUCGUGUAGUGCUCAACCAAGCACCUCGAACGCUUAUCUAUCAGGCAUCAAAACAGAAAUCAAGUCGGAAGGAAAUCCUACGGAAGAAUUAGUUGCAUACCGGCAUCAUAGCAGUGCUCAGCAUGCCAAUCAGCACUAUGCUCCACCUCCUCCGAUGAUGGCAAAAAGCAACAUCAUCCGCCCAUCAACCGAUCUGCUCAAAAAGGAGAUGGAUAGUUUUGACGACAUCGAGAGCGAGAUAACUCCCAGUUUCAUAAUGAAAAAAUGUGAUAGCAUCCCACCGGCUCUUCAGAUUCCACCUGCUCCACCAUCAUUGAGCUACUUCAACCAUGUGGGUGAGGGCCACUGUUUGAGCCAGAAUCAAUCGAGCAAUAGUGACGUGCCUAAGUCAAGCGAAUCCUACGACGAGUGGUUAUGUAUUCAAAAGGAACUCAACUACAUACCCAGCGAAAGGCGUGAUCAUUCUGUUAAAAAUGUAAAGAGCCCGGAAGAAGAGAUAAUCGAAAAACAGUUGGAUGAUCUGUUCCACCCUUCUAGUGAGGGUAAGGACAGUGAUGUUAGUCGAAGUCAGGUGGAUUCACCUCUCGCCGAUUUCUUCAACACCCAUCAGCAAGAUUCCGGUGUAGGAGGUAGCGCCGGGGGAUCCAGUGUGCCUUCGGAUAAGUCUGUUGAGAAUCGAUUGGAGGCGUUAUUUGGUAGUACACCUCUACACAACAGAAGUUCGGAAGAUAACUCACCAGAAGCGGCCGAAGAAAAGCAAUCCGACAUGAUCGAAACGAGGUUGGAGGCGUUGUUCCAGAGUGGUGAAAGCGCUCUGGACAACGCCAGUUUUCUGCAUAAAACGAAUAAUUUUGAAAUGAUCCAGACUCAGAUUACCCAGAAACGACAUUGGAGUGCAGCGGAGUGCGAGUGGGAAGAUAAUGCAAGUCCUGGUAAGAGACAGUGCCUACCUGGAAGCAAUAGAACUCACGACGACGACCACCGGUGGCUGCUCGAGUGCACUCAGGGUCAAAAUCAACCUCAUUCAAAUCAUUCCAUCGGAGGGAUUCGUGGUCACUCACAGGUUCAACAGGAUGUCAAUGCGCUCGCCACAGGUAACAAUCAUAUUCUUAACGAUAAUGGUGAUGGUAAUGGACACAUACCCAACACUAACACUAGUACUAGUGGUAGCACUACUAAUACAAAACGCACUUCCUGGAAUGGUGAUAUCCUUCUUGCUUCGGCGACCGGUGAUCUCGAUAUGCUCGACACUAACCUCAGUCUAAGUUUGAAUAAUCUCAACAGCAUGUGUGGUUCGGUGGGUAUAAUGACAAACGAUGUUCCUUCCUCGCAUCAUGGGUCUAUCUCCGACCAUAAGACAUCCAAAAAUUGCUUCCAUUCGCCGGUUCUCGGUGGAGAAAACUGUGAUGAUACUAAUCUAAUUGGUCUUGGAACUGGUGGUGGUCUUAACAAUUCUAGUCAUUCUCAUAGUCAUAGCGGCAAGUUAAACUAUCUCGAUCGUGAUCUUCUAGGGUUGGAUGGAUCAAACGACACUUCCAAACAAUCCCACCAGCACCAAUCUGCGUCCCACUCCGCAGUCAGCGAUCUACAACAUCAGCUCAAUCACAUAAACUUUGAUGCAAGUGGAGGACAGCUGAAUUUUGAAGAGGACAUCAACCGGCAGGUUCAAAAUGCCAUCGACUCUAUCCUGAACCUGCAGAGCAACGAUUCCGAAGCUGCUCUUCAUUUUUCCAUCGACCAAUCGUUCCUGGCGGAUAGCCCGCAGUCCAUUCAGCGACCGCCGUCUUCAAACAAACGAAAAUACCAUCAUAUCACCAGGAUAGAUGACAUAAGUGACUGUCUGGGUGCGGUCAUGGAUGAAAGUGGUGAUAAUUCGGGUGUUCAUCACCAUCAACAGCAGCUUCAGAAUCAUUUUAACCACGUACAGAUACAUCAUCAUCAUCAUCAUCAGCAGCAGCAGCACCACCAACAGCAACCACAGGGAUCAACAACGGUAGCAGGCUCUACUACGGUCGACGGAGCGGGUGCUGAUGCAACGGUCAAGACGAUUAUCAAAUCGUGACAACUUUCGUCCAUUGGCGGAGGUGCCGGAGGAGGAACGUUGGUGGUUACCGGUCCGUCGGUAGCCCCAGCGUCAGCAACGACAGCGGCAGUGUGAAGUACUACCGACCACAAAUAAUCGGAACAUGUUUUAGUAUCAAUGGAAUUUAGUACAUUUUUGGUCAAGAUUUAUAAGGUUCACGUGCUCGGGGAAGUGGGUUCAAAAUGUGUAUGUUGUGAGUUUUAAAACAUCGAAGUGAAUAAUUUCAAAAUAUAGUGUAUGGUGGUAGGUGCGAUAACGCCGCAGGCCUUGUCAUCAUUCUGUUUGAGUAGGUUAACUGAAAUUUCUUUUAACUGAAAGUUCGCUAACUGAAAAAAGUUUCAGUUAUAUAGGACGGUUAUCUGUAUUUUUUUUAUUUUCAUAUGUCAAGAUGAACACCAGGAUGAACAUUGAUGCAUUUUAAAUGCAUUUGACAACUGUUUAGGCACAUGAAAAUCAUUUCAGUUAGCGAAUGCCGUAGAGUGUAAACGUCAAACGGCAGGGAAAUGGAUUAUGUGUGCCACGAUUGGUACUUCCAACUAAGAAAAAAAAAAUAGAUGGCACGGUAAUACCAACCGGUGGAAAUUAACGAUUUUAAAUAGGCUCACUACUUGACUAGCUUAUUGAUCCCAAAUACAUCUAUAAGCGUACCCCAUUCUAGUCGAAAUUCUAGUACUACACUAUUUUUGUUUUGAUUUGCUAUGAAAGUUUGACCAUCGAGUUAUAAAAUUAUCGGGUUAUAGAACAUAAAUCUCAUAGGAAAUCGCCAUUACAGUAUGGAAAUUAAUACUUAGUUUAGUUCUAUAAAUCGAUAUCGAGUGGACAUCGAGUUGUAGAGAAUUAACUGCAUUUCAAAACUCCAAGAACCUGUAAUCAAACUAAUUACGUACACAGGAUCUUUAAUUCAAGGCCUACAACUUACUGCCGUAAAAUCUUGAUAAAUUUGCAGCACAUUUGUAGCUGGAAAUAAUAAAUGGGCAAAACUUCGGUUCAGUAGUGGGGAAAAAAUUAAAAAAAUGUAAGACAGGUUUAGAAAAGUUUUUCCACUGGAAAUCUUCAAAUGCCCCUAAUGAUAUUGUCGAAAACUUGGCAUAAAAUAAAAUCCACUCGAAAAUAGGUAGUACGUCAUUUGGCAUAACGCCGUUAGACAUAAUACUAUUUGUCUUCAUCGAACAUGGCUUUUUAUCAUGAUCUGUUCUUCAAAAAAUAUUAAAGAACAGCUCAUGUUGAAAUAAAGGGAAAAUACCCAUUGAAUGAUAAUUUUCCCUUCUUUCGGAUAUACACAGAUAUUUCCAUUCCGAUACAUUACGAGACUGCAUGGUGUCUCAAAAGAUUCAAAAUAUUCUUAUAGUGGGUUGACUUCAACAACCGAGGACCGUUCUAAGCCUUUACCAUUUAUGCAUUCGUAUACAGGGCUCUUAGCCAUUUGGCUUAAUGGCCGUUUGGCAUAACCUUACUUACUCCGAUAAAUAUAUAUUUGCCAUUUAGGACUUCAACGGAAUAUGAAAGCACAGCUCAAGGUGAACAAGGUAACAUAAUUAUAUAACCUUUUCACCUUAAAAAUGAGAUAUUGCUCACAUUUCGUCAUUUCUGGUCUAUUUAGGGAACACAACUUCCAAUUCAUUAGCAUUUGGUUCUAGCAUUCCAUUUUAUAACGGUGGAGGAAAAUUCAUGCGGAGUUUUUAAAAUAAAAUAAAAAUGCGU